AUGGCUACCAACGGCAUUGGCAUUGCCAACCUACCCAACCAGCGUCACAAGAUCGUGGCCAAAGCUGGCGGUCACUUUACCCUCAUGGUGGUCGGUGAAUCUGGUGUUGGCAAGACCACGCUCAUCAACACGCUCUUCAGCACCGAGCUUGCCACUGGCAAGGACCACACGCGACGACACACCAAGCAGCUGGACAAGACUGUCGAGAUCGACAUCAUCAAAGCCGAGCUCGAAGAGAAGCAGUUCAAGGUCAAGCUCACCGUCAUCGACACGCCCGGCUUCGGAGACUACGUCAACAACCGCGACUCCUGGACCCCCAUCGUUGACUUUAUCGACGACCAACACGAGCUGUACAUGCGUCAGGAGCAGCAACCCGAGCGACGCGAGAAGACCGACCUCCGCGUUCACGCUUGUCUCUACUUCAUUCGACCCACCGGUCACACCCUCAAGCCGCUCGACAUCGAGACCAUGAAGCGUCUCGGAACGCGCGUCAACCUCAUCCCCGUUGUCGCCAAAGCCGACACUCUGACGCAGACCGAUCUCAACCUGUUCAAGCAGCGCAUUCGAGAAGCCAUCACCACGCAGAACAUCCGCGUCUACUCUCCACCCGUCGAAGUCGACGACGCCGCAUCCGCCGACCACGCCAAGCUCCUCAUGAACGCCAUGCCCUUCUCCAUCAUCGGUUCCACUGACGACGUGCGUGCUGCCGACGGCCGCGUAGUCAAGGGACGCGAGUACCUCUGGGGUGUGGCCGAAGUCGAAAAUGAAGACCACUGCGAUUUCAAGAAACUCCGUUCGCUGCUCAUCCGAACCCACAUGCUGGACCUGAUCAACACCACCGAAGAGCUGCACUACGAGAACUACCGUCAGGCGCAGAUGGAGACGAGGAAGUUCGGCGAACCCAAGGUGAAGAAGUUGGACAACCCCAAGUUCAAGGAGGAGGAGGAGAUGUUGAGAAAGCGCUUCACCGAGCAGGUCAAGCUGGAAGAGGCGAGGUUCCGACAGUGGGAACAGCACCUGAUCGCAGAGAGGGACAGGUUGAACAAGGAUCUCGAGACUGCCCAUAGCACGGUCAAGGCGCUCGAGGCUGAACUGGAUGCGUUGCAGAACGGGUACGGUCGCGGAUCGCAGCGUCGUUGA